UAUACAGAAUGCAUUUAACUGUCAGCACAAUAUAUUUGAUCCUGUGCCUGGUCAACUUGGCAGUGGCUGGCAAGAAGUACAAGGAAUAUCAUCUGCCUGCCAAAUAUUCAAGCAGAGACGACGUGAUUAUUGAGCCGUUCCUGCAGACCACGACUACCAAAAUUGAGAAAGUGACAUUCAUAGAAAAUACGGUGGAAAAUGUUGAACAUGUUGGACUUCCCGAUGUCAUUGAAACUUCAUCUAUGCGCAUGGAAACGCUGUUGAGAAAGAUGAAACUGGACUCUUUCGCCCAAAAGUGUCUAAAAAAGGGCAGAAGCUGCCUGCAUAUGCUGGAUUGCUGCUCAGUCAACUGCUCACGAUUGUUGAAAAGGUGUGCGUAGUAUAACGAAUGAAAUUCCAAGACUCUUUCUGUACUUUAUAACUGAAAAAACAAAACCAUAUACUACUCUGAAAGUGCAGUAGUGCAGCUGUUACUCUACCUACGUAUUCUAAAUGUUGUUAUUCGUGUUACAAAUAGGCUACAUUAUGUAAACAUAUGUGAACUGCAACGAAGCGUGCAAUAGAAAUAAAGCUGAAAAUUGAACUUAAGCUAAAUAGACAAAUCAA